GGGUCGAUGGAAAGAUGAACCCAGCAGGCAAAACCCAGCCUUCCUCACCCUCCCAAUCGCUCUUCUUCCCCUUCUUUCUUUCUCUUUCUUUCUUUCCUACUUUGGUUUGGUGGAAAGCUGGGUUCAUCGGAACCCAACAUAGAAACAUCCAACAUUUGGUAAAGAGGGAAAGUAGCCAAUGGAGGGCUCUAGGCUCUACAUGCUCCUACCCAUUUUCUUGCUCAGCGAUGACUUGCCAAUGGAUAACUCCAAGCUCAAGAGGAACGUCACCGGUAUUUUUCCGGAGCAGAUUGCGCUUGCCAUUUCCUCACCAACUUCAAUGUGGGUCUCUUGGGUCACGGGGGAUGCUCAGAUUGGCUCCAAUGUGACUGCGCUUGAUCCAUCAUGGGGAACCCAGCAAAGCUGGGUUCGAUUGAAACCCAGAUCUCCUGGGUUUGAGGCUUCAAUGAAACCAGUAGCUGGGUUCAAUGGCAGAGAAUUUCAAAUUCUCCUUUGAAGCAUUCUAGGGUUCAUAGGGUUCAUAGACAUAUUAUUUUGUGAGGCCUUUACUGCUAGUGCAACCCAACUUGAGUUAGAUUGAUUUUGCAGAGAGUGAAGAUGAGAGACCAUUCUAGGGUUCACAAAUCUUUAUUGGUGGUUUGCAGGCAACGUGAGACGGUGUUGGUGUAGGAAGAAGAUGACAUGUCAUAAAAAAAGAGUCCAGUU